AUGCUACCGCGUGGGCUGCUGCUCCGGCUGCUGCCCCUGCUGCUGUGGCUGCUGUGGGGGCUGCUGCAGCCAACCCGUGGUCUGCUGCUACCGCCGCACCUGCUGCUGCCAGCCGUGUUGCUGCUGCUGUGGUGGCUGCGGCUGUGGCUGCGGCUGCGGGAAGGGCUGCGGCUGCGGCAAGGGCUGCUGCCAGCAGAAGUGCUGCUGCCAGAAGCAAUGCUGCUGCUAGGCGCCCGGCUCAGGCACUGCUGCAUGGUGGAUACCAGUCUCUGGGCAGGGUCUGCAGGAACUGUCCUGCUGUGUGGUGGCUGUGGCUGUGGUGGCUGCGGUGGCUGUGGCUGUGGUGGCUGUGGUGGCUGUGGUGGCUGUGGUGGCUGCGGUGGCUGUGGCUGUGGCGGCUGUGGCAGCUGCACCGUCUGCAGAUGCUACCGCGUGGGCUGCUGCUCCGGCUGCUGCCCCUGCUGCUGUGGCUGCUGUGGGGGCUGCUGCAGCCAACCCGUGGUCUGCUGCUGCCGCCGCACCUGCUGCUGCCAGCCGUGUUGCUGCAGCUGUGGCUGUGGUGGCUGCGGCUGCGGCUGUGGCUGCGGCUGCGGGAAGGGCUGUGGCUGCGGCAAGGGCUGCUGCCAGCAGAAGUGCUGCUGCCAGAAGCAAUGCUGCUGCUAG